AUGGCAAGAACACCGUUUGUACGGAUUGUAGAAGUUGGUCCUAGAGAUGGACUGCAGAACAUCAAAGAGACUGUCCCAUUGGAGGUCAAGGUUGAACUCAUCAAUCGACUCAACGAGGCCGGCACAAAAUGUAUGGAACCCACCUCGAUAGUCUCGCCAAAGGCUAUACCUCAACUCCGUGACAGCCAGGCAUUACUUUCGACACCUUCUGUGAACAAUCUAAUACAACGUCCAAAUACGAGAUAUCCUGUACUGGUCCCGAACCUCAAAGGACUUGAGAUUGCGAAAAGGCUCGGAGUUAAGGAGGUUUGUGUUUUCAUCAGUGCUACAGAGGGAUUUAGCCAGGCAAAUAUCAACUGUACCGUGGCAGAAGGUCUGCAGAGAGCAAAGGAGGUUAUCGAACAUGCUCUUCGGGCAGGGAUUGCUGUACGAGGUGCUGUCUCGUGUAUCUUCUCGGAUCCCUAUGAUGGACCUACAGAUCCGGCAGCAGUUCUGCACACUGUGAGGAGCCUACUGUCCUACGGUUGUUAUGAAGUCCUCCUUGGCGAUACCGUCGGUGUUGGCUGCCCGGAGGACGUACGAAGAUUACUCUCCUAUUUGAAAGAAGGUGGCGUCGACAUCGAAAAGCUUGCUGGUCAUUUCCAUGAUACGUAUGGGCAAGCAGUCGCAAAUUCGUGGGCUGCUUACGAGUUUGGCAUACGCACCUUUGAUAGUGCCAUAGCGGGUUUGGGAGGUUGUCCCUUCGCGCCUGGGGCGAAGGGGAACGUUGCGACUGAAGAUCUUGUGUACUCGUUCCACAAAGCAGGCAUAGAAACUGGGCUCGAUCUCUCAAAGCUGUCAGCCACCGGUGAGUGGAUUUCGAAUAUCCUCAAGAGGCCCAACAACAGCCGUGCUGGCCAAGCAAUUGCACAAAAGAAUGUCAGCAGCAAGAACACGAGUGGGAUUCCUGCAAAAAAGUUGCAAUGGCAUUUCGUUGAACGAUCCCCGAACCUAGACAUUUUACGGUCAGGAGUAAAUGUCAAGAUUGUCUUGCGACGUCCGCAGAAUGGCAAUGCAUUGACUUCUGACAUGCUCACUCAACUACAGAGCUUCGUCCAGAAAGCAUCCUCAGACCAAUCCAUAUCACGGAUCAUUUUGACCGCAGAGGGAAAAUUCUUCUGCACGGGCAUGGAUCUCAGCGAUAAGGUUAAAGCAAGUGCAGAGGGGCAGCAAGAAAAGAAAAAGAGUGACCAUGCUAUGUUCACAGAGCUAUUCGAAACCAUCUCGAAGGCACCUCAGGUUACCAUUGCCGCAAUUAACGGCCCUUGCUACGCUGGUGGAAUCGGACUCGCAUUCUCGUGUGAUAUUCGCAUUGCAGUCGAGACUGCCAGUUUGACUCUUAGUGAGGUGAAAUUAGGCCUCUGUCCGGCGAUUAUAUCAGAAUAUCUUAUUCGAGAAUGGGGUCCCUCAUUCACGAGAGAAGCCAUGCUGUCUGCACGAGCCAUCAGUAUGACGGAAUUGAAAUCCAUCGGUGCCGUCCAUGUGCUCGCAAAGGAUGUGGCAGACUUGGACAGCCAGCUGGAUAAUUACCUGAUCGAUUUACGAAAGGCAGCUCCUGAAGCUUCGACGCUGGUCAAGAGAGUUGUCAGUGCCGGGUGGUCCAGCCCAGGGGGCCAGAUACAAAGAGACACAAUCAAGGGUGUCUUCGAAGGCAUGAUGAAGUUAGGAUCAGAGUCUGAAGUUGGGCUGGGAGCGUUCCGAGCAAAGAAAUCUGUUGACUGGGACACCCUGAAGGAGAAUCACUCGAAGCCGAAAUUGUAG